CCUCCCCUCCACCCCUCACCACUACCAACCACCACUGUCUCUCUGAAACUCUCCCACUCUCUCUCUGCAAGAAUGCCACAAAUCAUGCCAGACUUCUCCAACUCCAUCAAGCUCAAGUAUGUCAAACUGGGCUAUCAAUAUUUUAUCAACCACAUUCUCACUUUCUUCCUCAUACCCACCAUUGCUCUCAUCCUCAUCGAGCUCAUCCGAUUAGGCCCCGACGAAAUCCUCACCGUCUAUCAAUCACUGCACUUCGAUGUCGUCCAAGUCCUCUGCUCUUCUUUUCUCAUCGUCUUCAUCUCCACCGUCUAUUUCAUGUCGAAGCCUCGCUCGAUCUUUCUGGUCGACUACGCCUGUUACAAGCCUCCAGUGACGUGUCGGGUACCAUUCUCGACAUUCAUGGAACAUUCUCGGUUGAACCUCAAAGACCACCCGAAAAGCGUGGAUUUCCAGAUGAGAAUUCUCGAAAGGUCGGGUCUCGGAGAGGAAACAUGUUUGCCUCCCGCGAUUCAUUACAUUCCUCCCACUCCAACCAUGGAAGCUGCGAGAGGAGAAGCCGAGCUUGUUAUUUUCUCCGCGAUCAAUUCGCUAAUGGAUAAGACGCGUGUAGUGCCAAAAGACAUCGAUAUACUUAUCGUGAACUGUAGUUUGUUUUCACCGACACCUUCAUUAUCAGCUAUGGUGGUGAAUAAGUAUAAACUGAGAAGUAAUGUGAAGAGCUUCAAUUUGUCUGGUAUGGGGUGUAGUGCUGGAGUAAUCUCAAUUGAUUUAGCUAGAGAUCUUCUUCAAGCUCAUCCCAAUUCAUGUGCUUUAGUGGUUAGUACUGAGAUCAUUACUCCUAACUACUAUCAAGGUCAGGAGAGAGCUAUGCUGCUGCCCAAUUGCUUGUUUCGAAUGGGCGGCGCCGCCAUUCUUCUCUCGAAUAAGCGUCGCGAUCGGACACGAGCCAAGUACCGGCUUGUUCACGUUGUUCGAACUCAUAAAGGCGGCGACGACAAGGCCUACAAGUGUGUUUUUGAGGAACAAGACGAGCAGGCCAAAGUGGGAAUCAGACUUUCCAAAGACCUAAUGGUGAUCGCCGGCGAGGCUUUGAAGUCGAACAUAACGACGAUGGGACCGUUAGUCCUUCCCGCUUCCGAGCAACUCCUCUUCCUCUUCACUCUCAUCGGCCGAAAAAUUUUCAACCCUAAGUGGAAACCUUAUAUUCCGGAUUUUAAAUUGGCUUUCGAGCAUUUCUGCAUCCAUGCUGGAGGUAGGGCCGUGAUCGAUGAGCUCCAGAAGAACCUUCAACUGUCCGGGGAACAUGUGGAGGCCUCGCGGAUGACCUUGCAUCGAUUCGGCAACACGUCCUCGUCUUCGCUUUGGUAUGAACUGAAUUAUAUUGAAGCGAAAGGGAGGAUGAAGAGAGGAGAUAGGGUUUGGCAAAUUGCUUUCGGAAGCGGGUUUAAGUGCAACAGUGCAGUGUGGAAGUGUAAUCGCACCAUUAAAACACCAAGUGAUGGACCAUGGCAAGACUGCAUUGAUAAGUACCCAGUUUACAUUCCAGAGAUUGUCAAGCUCUAAUUUUUUCUUAGGGCUAGAUUAUUAAAGCUCAAAUAUCCGUUACGUAACGUAAAUGCUAUAAAAAAAAAAAAUACUCAGAAAGUGUAUAGAAUUUAAAAUAAGUGUGUGCAGAUAUAAAUCUGGUCGACACGUUUUGAAUUCUUCACAUUUUUUUGGGUGUAUAGCAUUGCUAAUACUUGUUAUAGCUGUUGUCGUAUUUCUGCAUUGAUACAUGUUUGUCUUUUUCCUUCUCUUUUUUUUUUUUCUGCAAAAAUCUGCGUUGCAUUUAGUUCCAUGUAGUUGUCAUAAGACUUAUCACUGUUUCAUGAAAGGGAGAUGUAACCCAUCAAGCUGUAUGUAUUAUUUCAAAAUGCUUAUAAAUGAAAAUACACAAUAAUAUUGUUGAAAA